AGUAGUAGUAGUUGCAGAGGGGAACCAGAAAAUAUCAUAUCAUAUCAUAUCAGAGGCCCAAAAAACAAAAACAAAACAGAUAUUCCUUUCUUCUUCUUAUUCUUCUUCAAUUGAUCUCAUCUCAUCUCCUCUCCAAAAUUGGAAAUGGCAGAAGAACUCUUGGGAUCGCAUCGGGUCUGCGACUAUUGCGACUCAUCGGUGGCUCUGGUCUACUGCAAAGCUGACUCAGCAAAGCUCUGUCUCGCCUGCGACAAGCAUGUCCACGUCACCAACCAGCUCUUCUCCAAACACUUCAGGUCACUUCUCUGCGACUCCUGCGACGACUCUCCCUCUUCCGUUUUCUGCGAUUCCGAGCGCUCCCUUCUUUGCCAGAACUGCGACUGGCAACACCACCACUCCUCCUCCUCCCCUCCUCAUAGCCUCCGUAGACCAGUCGAAGGAUUCUCCGGCUGUCCCUCUGUCUCCGAUUUUCUCGCACUCGUUGGCCUCCAUGAUCUCACCGACAAGUCUCUCUUGCUCUGGGACACUCCUCCUGAAGAGGAGGAGACCGUUGCCCUCCACGAUCUGACGACUGCUUCGAGCCACCACAAUUUCAGGGCCAUGGAUGUUCCUCCUCUUCCCAAGAAUCGCCACGCCACCUGCGGGAGACACCGAGACGAGAUGAUCCGACAGCUCCGCGAGUUAUCGAGAUCCGAGCCCAACUGUCUGAAAUACGAAACCCCACUAGAUGCCGGAUUCCAGUUCCUCAACGAUGACGAUUUGUUUUCUACUUGUGAUGAGGCGAGUGGACUGAAAUGGUUCGAGGAUCAACAAGAUGAGCAAUUUCCAUAUUCUUCUCUGCAUAACAAGUUUCCGUCUGAGUCUGAUGAUUAUGUCUCCCGGAGAGGCUGCCCUCCACCAGAGUCAUCAUCGGUCAUGGUGGUUCCGGUUUCCACUAGUUCAGCUUCAAGGUCCGCACUGCCUUGCCAUGAGAUCAACAGUCUUGAGAGAAACUCUGCUCUCUCUCGCUACAAGGCUAAGAAGAAAUCUCGAAGGUACGAGAAGCACAUCAGAUAUGAAUCACGCAAGGUUCGUGCAGAAAGCAGGACAAGAGUCAGGGGACGUUUCGCCAAGGCUGAUCCCUAAUGAUGAUUAUGAUAGAGUUUGUGGGUUCCCUUCCUUUCUUUGGUUCCCUCUUUUGAUUGCAUUGUACUAUUCCAAAAUCUUUUGUUGUAUAAUCGAAUCAUUAUUGAUAAAUAAGAUUUCCCUCA